AUGCAUGGCGGUGGUGUGGACUUACCUGAUAUAAAGGCACUGUUAUCCUCCGGAAAUCCUGUUGUACAAAGUCAGGGAGUAGCAGCUUUAAUUUCGCAAUUAAAACCUCCUUUUCCUAAUGCAAAAGCCAGGACAUCAGUUUUGUCAUUGUUCUUCGAUUGUUUUACACUAUUUGGCGCCAACGUUGCUCAAUGGUGUGCCGAAGCAGUCCCCCACCUAGUGAAGUCCGAUGUGAUAACAACUGAGGAAGUGUUCACACAUUGUCUUCUAAAACUAACCAAUGCGGACACGAGUGAUGUAUCUGUGAUAGUAUUGAUUAGGUUGCUUCUGCAGCUAUCAAAUUGCUUAAUCAGCACAUGUUUCACAAUACUUCGUAAGGACAAGCGUUGUUCUCGUUUCUUGGUGGAGGAACUACGAGCUGUAGACAUCGAAAGGUGUGUAACUACAUUGAAAGCCCUUCUAUACAGUGGACUACUGUCUGAGGAAGAAAACAUUAGUAUCAUUUCACAAAUAUCCGCUAGCGUCAAACACUGCGAUUCGUUUGCUGAGCAACAUUCUGAAUACCUACCAAAGAAGUACACCAGAAAUUUUGUGACCAGUGUGAACUCUGUGCAAUGGACAAAGACGUUGGUCAAUCGUUCUAUCGAGCUUACAAGUCAAGAAAUAUUGUCACUGAAGCUCUCUGUGGAACACACCUUUGCGAUUUAUGACAACCUUCUCAAACGUCCUGAAAUUGUGAUGAACGAGAGUUUUCCUGCUAACCACGUGCUCCUUCCGUCAUUGUUUUCGCUUUAUUCGAGUAGGUCCGAGCUUUCUAAAUGUUUGCCUGGUGUGGUUCCUAGUGAACAAUUGGCUCAGAUCAAAGCCAUUGUGGCUCGAAGUCAAACUAUUCACGUUCCGGAAAAGUUACUAUGGGGAGAUGAAUCAAACGGUUUUAUGUCAACCUUCCCUUAUCUUGAGUACGUAUCCACUGAGGACUGCUUGGCUCUAUUCCUGGACCUUUGUCAUUCGAAGUUAACUGUUACUGAUGUCGGUGAACGAUCGGUUGUUUUUGUUACCGCUCUUCUUCCCUUUUGCGAUUCCACUUUGUUGGAAAAGUGUUGCAGACUUUUAGGCGAGCUUAUUAAGCGAUCAUCGGAAAUUGUGAAUAGCCUUCUUCUGUAUUUCACCUCAUUGUACGCAAAACCUUAUUUCAAAAUUAGUAGAUCGUCAAUCCUGAAGGCUGUCGGUGGACUUUUUGUGAAUCGGUUUGCUAUCACUCCAGCAGUUAAUUUUCUGUCAAUAGUUUGUCGCCAGUCAGGCGAAGAACGCAAUGUCGCAUUUGGUCUUCUUGGGGAUAUGGUUACGAAGUUCCCUACUGCAUUUGAUGCAAUAAAACCUUUGGCAAUUCCUACAGAUUCGGAUCCGCAGGAUCUUUUGAUCCUCAAACUAAACUUGAUGACUACACUUUGCGUCGCAACAGACCGAUCUGACGAGCUUCUUCCUUCCCUAUCAAAUCUACUGAAGAAAAGUGCUCCUGUCGUUAGCGCGGCUAUUUCGGUUGUGAAAGUGCUUUGUAAGGAAGAUAUUCUUGAUGUCGACACAGUUCGAAAGCAGCUGGGAAGCAAAGUGCGACAGCCGAGCUUUGAAGUGCCUCUUGCUGGUUAUUGUGAGAUACUUGCAACAGCUGCCUUACAAAAGGAACAAGAUGAGGGAAGUCUUGUUGAAGACUGUGUGAAGGAACUGUGGGAUAUCACCCAAAUUAGACGAGAUUGUCGUGAAAUAGAGAAUGCACGAAAAGCCGCUUGGAUUGCGCUUGCUUGUUUUGAUUCUCUCUCCUUGAUCAAUGUAGUAAGUAAAACUCCAGAAGAUUGGAUGGCUUUGUUUGCAGGAUUAGGAGAGAACGAAAGAAUGGGCUUUACUAUUUUCCUGAAAAAGAUGGUGGCCGAUGAUUUGGAGUCGCUGUCAAGGACACUCUAUACAAAAGAAUAUAUUCGGAAAUCUUCACUAGCCCCAUUCAUUACCAACCUUCACAAUGCGCUUAGGAGAACAAAUCAAGAAGCACCUUGGUUCUGGACAGCAACUUUACCACUUUUCUCCGUAAUUGUGGGCGAAUAUGCGGAAAGUGGAAAGGGACUACAAGCUAUCAAACUCUUCCGACGUGUGCUACGCGAAGUGCAUGUGGUUGACGACAAAGUGGUGAAUCUCUUUGCUGGGUGGAGGAUUUGUGUCGUUAGUUUACUUGGAGUAUUGACAGAAGCCGGUAACCCUUUAAAAGCUCGUGACCAAAUAGUUGAAGAAUGCAAACGCGCUUUGGGUUCAACUGAGCUUUCUGUUAACAAUGUUCUUGUAGUAAUGGCCAUUUUGACUGGAGAGUUGAGCAGGUUCGGGAAACAGAUAGCUAACGAACAAGCAGCUGCCGAUUUCGAAACCACUAUGCGGCCAUGGUUUGUUGCUGUUUUGGAAUUCAUGUUUCCUAUCGUUUUCAAAUCUUACAACCAAAAAUCCCAGCCGAUCCUACAAACACAUGUGAAUCUGCGUUGCGUUAACAAAAGUGUGGCUCGAUCUGCCGCCUGGAUGACAUGUUUGGCGACUUCCGAAGAGGUUAGAAACUUCUUCGAUGAUGACGUGGUCAACAAAGCUUUGCAGUGGACCCUUGGACAAGAAAUUAAUCAUGAUGGACAGCUCUGCAAGUUGCUGACAGGAGAAGAAUUGCCAAUCCCGAAAAAAUCUUUGUCUAUAUCAAAAGUAUGGAUGUUUUCGGCGGCGUUAGGAGCGCAAGAACUGAUCACAAAUUCCAUAAGUUGUUCACUUCCACUGGACGACUCUAUCGAAAAAGCUGUAAAGGAGUUCGAAGAUGGUAAAACUGCGAACGAAGACAAUGUCAUGCAGUUUUUCUUGAGAAUUUCCAACUUGCCUUUGGGUGUGUUUCGGAAAUACGAACGGCGCCUGCGAAGACCGCUUGAGCAGAUUUUCAAUAAAGGUGGUGAAGAAAUGAAAAGAGCGGCCUAUGAGGGGCUCUCCCACUUGGCGUCAGUUUCUUUGCUGACAGUAGCUUUCGAUCUUCCCCCUGACUAUGGUCAUCUACCAGAAGACAGCAUAUUGCGAGCAGUCAUUGCUCAAUACGGGGCUAAAUCUGUUUGUUCCAAAGAGAUUCUACAUGAUUUAUUACCAGCGCUCGUUGAUCAAGUGCGAAGUGAUAGUCGGCAUCUGCCGCCAAUGGAGUGGCAGUUUAUGCUGUUGGCUAUAGAUUACCAUAACAAUGAAGAGGCCCGACUAAAUCUUCUCAAACUUGCUUUCCAACAGAAAGAUGCGCAGAUAAUAUACGAGCUCACAAACAGCACUUUUCUGGACUACUCGUCUUGCUCAUCCGGCUACAUGCUCACUGUUUCAAACAAUUUAUCUCUUAUUUUAACUAUGAUGCCUGAUAUGCGUGCUAAAACAAUUCUAAGUAAUCUGCUCAAGUUUGGUAUUGAGAACAAUGAGGUUGGGUCACAAAUACUUGGCAGCAUUGACAGUUGUGGGAAAUCUACGGUCGUUGCUAUGGCUUUGUUAUCCGAACUUCCCACGUUUGAAUGCGCCACUGAUUUGUUGCAUAAAAUGCUUACUCUUUCCUGUAUUGAUAAGCGAUUCAAUGGUCAAAUUUCCAGAUGCUUCGAUUUUUGGCUAGGAUGGAGUGGUCGAGUGGACAUAAAAUUAACGUCUUUAGUGGAUUUCUAUUUGGAAGAAAGUGCAAAAUCAAAAGUCAUGCUUUCAAUCUUUGGUUUCUGUGCAAUGGAUCUACCUCUACGUGAACGUCUUGAUAAGAUUGUUGAUUUGAUGAGUAUUGGGAAGGUAAUGCUGAGUUGUCAAAAACCGUCCACACAUAUUGCUGCUGUGCUCAAUCUCGUUCUAGCACUUGUUUGUUCUGUUCCAGCGGAUAUACCCUUGAACUGGCUUUCAUCUGAGGUUCUGAACCUCUUAUAUGCUCGUUGGCGUUAUUAUUGGAAGAAAAUGAUGGAGAAGUCUGAGUUCCGUCAACUAUAUGAUGUUAUCAUUGCAUUUCUCUUCCCGUGUUUCCUCCUGGAUGAUUUGGUGCUCCCACUAACUAAUGCUAUCAAAGGCAUGCUUCUCUAUAUUCUAUCAUCGCAGCCUGAUAUCGUCAGACCAUACAUGGAGGAUAAAAGUGUACACUGGGAGAAAUUAUUACAGUGA